CUCCAAGCAGGACCGUCCACGUCUCCUCUAUAUUUCCAGAAAACAAUAAAAAUCAAAUUCGUAUAAAACUCAAAAGCCGCGUGAUUCCAUCUCAUCCUCGUCUUCAAAUCGCGUCUUCUUAAGAAUCUUCAGGGCUUUAGCUUCGGAGCUUCCAAAAUUCGAAUUUUUCGAUCUCCUUAUAGAUUGUUAUCACAUCAAUCAGACGAAGACGUUCUUGCUCGAUAUAAAAUAAUUAGAUCACGCUUAAGAGGGAUUUUGUUUCAUAUGGACAGCACGGAAAGAUACUAGAUUUCCGGUUUGCUGAUCCAUUUUCUUGUCGUACUUGUUGAUGUACAUUAGUAUAUAAGGAAACUUGUGGGAGCUAUAUAAACUUUUUGUGUACAUUAGUAUCCUGGGAGUGCAUAAGGAAACUUGUGGGAGCUAUAUAAAAGAUGACAAUGAUGGCAUCGUUUUUGGAUUCUUUCGUAUCGAAAAUGCCUUCGUUAUCGACCUCUGAUCACGCCUCUGUGGUUUCACUCAAUCUCUUCGUGGCACUUCUUUGUGCUUGUAUUGUCAUUGGCCAUCUCUUGGAGGAGAAUCGAUGGAUGAACGAAUCCAUCACCGCCUUAAUGAUUGGGCUGGCCACUGGUGUUGUGAUCUUGUUGAUUAGUAAUGGAAAAAGCUCACGUCUUCUGGUCUUCAGUGAAGAUCUUUUCUUCAUAUAUCUUUUGCCACCCAUUAUAUUCAAUGCAGGGUUUCAAGUAAAAAAGAAGCAGUUUUUCCGCAAUUUCGUGACGAUUAUGCUCUUUGGUGCUAUUGGAACUGUUAUCUCUUGCACUGUCAUAACUCUAGGUGUAACGCAGUUCUUUAAGAAACUGGACAUUGGGACCUUUGACUUGGGUGAUUAUCUUGCAAUUGGUGCCAUAUUUGCGGCAACAGAUUCUGUGUGCACACUGCAGGUGCUGAAUCAAGAUGAGACACCUUUGCUUUACAGUCUUGUAUUCGGAGAAGGUGUUGUGAAUGAUGCCACAUCAGUUGUCGUCUUCAACGCCAUUCAGAGCUUUGACCUCACACACCUUAACCAUGAAGCUGCUUUUCAGCUUCUUGGAAACUUCAUGUAUUUGUUUCUCCUUAGCACAUUGCUUGGUGUUGCGACUGGUCUGAUAAGUGCGUAUGUCAUUAAAAAGCUAUACUUUGGAAGACACUCAACCGACCGAGAGGUUGCUCUCAUGAUGCUGAUGGCGUAUCUUUCUUAUAUGCUCGCUGAGCUUUUUGACUUGAGUGGCAUUCUCACUGUGUUUUUCUGUGGGAUUGUCAUGUCCCAUUACACCUGGCACAACGUCACCGAGAGCUCAAGAAUCACUACAAAGCAUACCUUUGCGACUUUGUCGUUUCUUGCGGAGACGUUUAUUUUCUUGUAUGUCGGAAUGGAUGCAUUGGACAUUGACAAGUGGAGAUCAGUAAGUGACAGCCCGGGGACAUCAGUUGCAGUGAGCUCAAUCCUAAUAGGUUUGCUCAUGCUUGGAAGAGCAGCGUUCGUCUUCCCGUUAUCGUUUCUGUCAAACUUGGUCAAGAAGAACGAAAGCGAGAAGAUCAACUUCAAGAUGCAAGUUGUGAUUUGGUGGUCUGGUCUCAUGAGAGGUGCUGUAUCAAUGGCUCUUGCAUACAACAAGUUUACAAGUGCUGGGCACACGGAUUUGCGCGGGAAUGCAAUCAUGAUCACAAGUACUAUAACCGUCUGUCUUUUCAGCACCGUGGUGUUUGGUAUGUUGACAAAACCACUCAUAAGAUUCCUAUUGCCGCACCAGAAAGCCACCACGAGCUUUUUAUCUGAUGGCAACACACCAAAGUCCAUCCAGAUCCCUUUGCUGGACCAAGACUCGUUCAUUGAGUUUACAGGGAACCACAAUGUGCCUAGGCCUGACAGUAUACGUGGCUUCUUGACACGGCCCACUAGAACGGUGCAUUACUACUGGAGAAAGUUUGAUGACUCCUUCAUGAGACCUGUCUUUGGAGGACGUGGCUUUGUCCCUUUCGUCCCUGGCUCUCCAACUGAGAGAGACCCUCCUGAUCUCAGUAGAGCUUGAGAGAGAGAAAGAGACCUGUGGAUGAACAACAACAACAACAACAACAAAGAAGCUUUUUGUAGAAAAAAGGUGAUUGAAGUUAUGCAUUUUUGUAUGAUUUUUUUGUUUGUAUUAUUGUUUGUGAGGACAGAAAGUUGUCCCUACGUUUUUGAGAACAUAAAGCAAAAAACUUUGAAAGGGUUCUGGUUGGUGUAUAUUAUUCAUUAUCUGUUUGGUUGUAACUUUGUAAGUUGGACAAUCUGUUGUUUUGUUUUAA